CCAUGUCUUCCCACAAGACUUUCAGGAUCAAGCGAUUCCUGGACAAGAAACAAAAGCAGAAUCAUCCUGUUCCCCACUGGAUUUGGAUGAAAACUGGUAAUAAAAUCAGGUACAACUCUGAGAGGAAGCAUUGAAGAAGGACCAGCCUGGGUCAAUAAGGGAUCGCACACAAGAUGGCACACAAGUUUAUGCUGCAUGAAGGUCACGUGUUCCUAUCCUAUUACUCUGUAAACAUCACAACUGCCUGAACAAUGGAUGUGUUUUAUCAGGAAAAUGAUUUUUCUCUGCUACUGUGCUUCUGCACCAGUGUGUUCGUUCAGUAAUAAAUGAGACAUUUGUUGGGGCGCCUGGGUGGCCCAGUCGGUUAAGCGGCCGACUUCGGCUCAGGUCAUGAUCUCGUGGUUCGUGAGUUCAAGCCCCGCGUCAGGCUCUGUGCUGAUGGCUCAGAGCCUGGAGCCUGUUUCGGAUUCUGUGUCUCCCUCUCUCUGACCCUCCCCGUUCAUGCUCUGUCUCUCUCUGUCUCAAAAAUAAAUAAACAUUAAAAAAAGAAAAAAGAAAAA